AUGCUUAGUUCAGUUGUUUUACCAAUUCUUACUGUAAGCCAGCUUUAGUGUCCAGAUCCAACUUAAUACAGAGAUUUGAAUUCUUGGUCUUGUAGUAGCCAAUGCCCUGAUUUAACUCUUCCAGUAGAAUUAGUAAGGACAGACUUCACAAAUAGCUACUUUAGAUAUUGCAGAGGUAUUCUUUCCCGUUUGGAUAUCGAGCUUGGAACAAAGUCCAAUCCUUUCAGGAUGCUAGAUGAUCCAUUUAGGGAGGCAUUCAAUAAUUUUCCAGACUAAAACCCUAGUAUAAUUGUGAAUGUAAAAUCAGGAGCUGCAACAACCCUGCAUGGAAAAUAAAUGCCAUUAAUUUUAUUCAGCACUGAUAUUAUUAUAAGGCCAUACUCAGAGAAUUUGAAUGUAGAUUAAAGCACAAUUUACUCUAAUAUCAAUCUAUAUUAAAAUGGGUAUUCAAGAAAUUUUUCCUUAUUCAAUCCUACUAUUGAUCAGAGCAACCAAAUCAUAUCUUAUAAUUAUUAAAAAUGGAUUGAUAAAGGAAUAACUCAGUCUAAAAUGAUAUCUGAUGUAAAAUACAAGUUUUAUUCUUGGGAUUCAAGCAUGACUUUUCUUAAUAUAAUAUUUACAGAAAUUACAGGUGAAGUUAUCCAGUAAAAUGCUUUAAUAACUGGAGGAAAUACUCUCUUCAAAACAUUAACUAUAAGAAACUGCCAAUUUUUCUUAUAAAUGCCAAUGUUUUUCACUCAACAAGGCUGGCUGUAAACCAUUGAAAAUAAUUUCAUAAACAUCACUGCAUGGUAGUCACUAUCCACAACAAAUAUAGCAUCAACAGAUUGUUCUCACAAUAAUCCAAGCAUAGCAAAUAACUAAUAUUGGAACAACAAUACCUUUGUUGGUACAAAUAAACUCAGACAAUCAAUGAUUGCUUUUGGACAACAGCACAAUCUAAGAAAGACAGGCAAUACAGGGAUGAAUGUAACUUUUGAAGAUAAUUAUUUUGAUGGACUUGCUAAUAGACUAGAAAUGCCAUUAAUUUAGAUAAGAGGUGAUCACGUUACAAUUAGAAACAUCACGAUUAAAAAUGGGUAAAUUAUUUAUAUUCAAUUAUUUAGUGUACUCUCUAAUGCCAUUCAAAUGACAGGAAGUCUUGUAACUAGUGCAACGAAUUAUGCAUUGCUUUCACUAGAGUCAUCAAAUAAUAUGGAUAUUAAAGAUUUAAUCAUUAUGAGCUCUUCAUUAGGAUACAAUAUGGCUAUUGGGAUGACUUAGUCUAAUUACAACAACGGAAAUAAAGUUUCAAUUGAAUUUACAAAUAUCACCCUUAUUAAUAAUACUAUCUCAGGCACAUCGUCAAUGUUUUAUGUUGACUAGAUAAUCUAUAACAACUUGAUAAUAUCUCUAAAUGUUUGCAAGUUUAUAAACAAUACUCUUGAUAAAGGAUCAUAUUUCGCUUUAAAUAAUAAUGCCAAAGAGAUUAGCAUCAAUCAUUGUAUAAUUCACAAUAACAAAGGAUUUUUUGCAGAAAUGCAACCUGUUGAUGUACAAGAUGAAACUAAUUAAUAAAACUUAAUAGUUUAAAACACGUACUUUAAAAAUCACUAUGGAUUUACUCAAGGACUAUUUCAUGUUACAUCUAAUUGCUAGCUUUUGAUUAGAAAUGCAUCUUUCAAUAAUUGCUACAGCUUAGGUAGAGGUUCUAUAGUAUUUGCUGAGAAAAAAUAGUCAUCCACAAAGAUUUACGAUUCAAACUUUACUAAAAAUUAUGCCUACCAAGGUGGACUAUUUUUUUCUUAGCUAGAUACUAUUAUAGAAUCACACAACUGCUAAUUCAUCGAUAACUUUGGAGUUAUAGGAGGAGUAUUAUAUCUAUAAAAUGAUGGACAAGCUAAUUUUUAUAACUCAAUUUUAAGUAAUAAUUUGGCCCUAAAGUCUGGAUUGUUUCAAGUCUAUAACUCCCAAAAUCCACUUAUAGUCUCAGGAGGAUUAAUCUCUUAAAAUGGAAUUUAGUACUCUUAGAUGCUCAAUGAGAUUUAAAACUACCAAUUUAUAGAUACUUAAGCAUCUACCUUGAAAUUAAAAGCAAAUUAUCCAAUUAUAAGACAGCAAAGUUACUCAACCUCAGAAAUAAAUUAUUUAUCAGCCAGUAAUAUUAAAGGAUCCGUAUUCUCAACAAAGAACUCUGACUUAAUUAUAAGAAACUCAAUAAUCAAGGAUUUAAAUCACAAUAGUGAAUAAUAUUCUAUCAUAAAUAUCCAGAAUACAGACACUGUAAUAAACAAUUUGACCAUCUAGAAUAUAACCAGCGAGAAAACUCAAAAGAAUCCUAUAAUUCAAAUAAAAGAAAGUUCAUGUACUCUCACAUCACUCAACUCUAUCCAAUUCUCAGCUUAACUUCUAAAUUUGUAGAAUUCAGAGAUAGAGAUAAAUAAUUCUUUAUUCUAAGAUGGCCAUAAUGAUAUUAUAGAUGGAAUAACAAUAUAUUCCUAUUCUACCAAUUUAAAAAUAACAGAUUCUAUCUUUCAAAAUCUCUCUUCUUCAAUUGGAUCUGCUAUUUAUGAUACUCAUAUACUUGAAGCAGGAACUAUCAAAUCUCUCGAAAUAUAUAACAGCUAGUUAUUAAAUAAUUCAGCUGGAGAAAUGGGGGGCUCAAUAUUCGGAUAAGAUAUUGACUUUACAAUUCAUAAUUCAAUUAUUAAGGAUAAUAAAGCCAUGCUAAGUGGAGGAUUUUCUUAUCUAUCUUGCUCUUUAGAUAAUUCCAAAGGUUGCACAUACGAUAUUUAGAAAAAUGUGUUUACAAGAAAUCAAGCAUUGAAACGGGGAGGGUCCAUUUAUUAUGACCUAUAUUCACCAUUUAAUCUUGAAACAAAUCUUUUUGAGAAUAAUACAUCUCCAUAUGGUCCAAAUAUUGCUUCUUUCCCUUACAAUUUAAAAAUUAUAAAUUCUGAAUUGUUAUGGUCAAAGUCACUUGUAAGUGGUGGGAUUCUUGAGUAAGCAAUGCUAGUCGGUAUUUUUGAUCAAAAUAACCAAUUGAUUACAACGGACAAUGUCAGCACAUGUAGUGUAUAAACUGAAGAUUUAGCUUUAUAAAUAUCUGGAAAUACGAAAGUUUUAGCAAAGAAUGGUGUAUAUAACUUUACUUAAAUUCAAAUCCUUGCAAAACCAGAUUAUAAUUCAAAACUGAAAUUUACUUCAACUGCAAUCAACAAUGUCCUAUUGCAAACAAUAAAGCCUAAUAUUACCACUUUGGUGGAAUUGGAAAUGAAUGCGCAGUUGGUUAUUAGGGAAAACUAUGUUCGAUAUGUGCCACUGAAAUUGAAGAUAAAAUUUAUGCCAGAUCAGGAGCAACUGAAUGUUCAGAAUGCUUACCUCUAGGGUUCUCUUUUAAAAUCUGCCAAAAGAAAUAAACCACAAACAGUUCUGAUUAGAAUAUUGACUAACUAUUUUUAAGUUGUGAUGCUUGUUAAAGAUUUUGAUUUGCACUGGCCACCUCAAGUUCAAUAAGUUCUUAACUACUUCUCAUAUGUGAGUAGUUCUCAAGAGCGGCUAUUUUCAUUUGAUUGCAUGUACUACUAGUUAGGAUUGAAGAACCAAUCAAGUUUUUACAUUAAAGUUAUUAUGUUUGGCUUAAUGCCUAUAUUCUUCAGUUUGCUGGGUGCACUAUUCUGGGUUAUUGUCAGAUUUACUUGCAAAAGAGGCCCCAACAACUCAUUUGAUUUGAGCUAAAAUAUUUUAGUCACAUCAUUUGUUUUCAUUUUUAUUCUUUAUCCUCAGAUUACCUCAAUCAGUUUUGGGUUAUUCAAUUGCAUUAAUUAUGAAGAUGGAACUUCAUAUUUAAAGAGAGAUAUGACAAUACAAUGCUGGGAGGGAGAACAUCUAAAAAUGGCUUUAGCUAUCGGUUUGCCUUUUAUAUUCAUAUGGGCUAUUGGUUUCCCAGCUAUUGUGCUUUGGAGACUAAAUAAAGCCAAAAAUUAUCUCGGAAAAGAAUUUAAUCUUCAAAGAUAUGGACUAUUUUAUGUAGGACUAAAUGAUGAGUCAUUUUAUUGGGAACUAGUCAUCGUAAAUUUGAGAAAGCUUAUCUUUAUCAUUUGUGGUUCUAUUCUUUCAACUUAUAAGCAAGAGUACAAAGCAUUGAUUGGAGUAGCUGUCGCAACUUUAUUCGGAGGAUUGUUUUUCUUGGAGUAGGAUGUUUAAAAUAAUGAGAAUUUCUUAACUGGACUAUUCUUAGCGAUUUUAUUUUACAACACUUUCUUUGUAGCGACAUGGGCAUAUAAAUUCUCUACAGUAUUAAUAAGACUUCACUAGAGAACUAUCAAAAAAAUCCAUUGCUUGAAAUUCUUAUAAGUUGAAAGCUAUGAAAACAAUCUUUUGUAAGAAUCUGAAAAGCUAAGGUCUAAAAAGAGCUCAUAUUUAAAGGCUAAGGAUACCAAUACAUCAAACUUAGGUCUGAUAGAGAGUUAUUCUCUUGGCAAGUAUAUUGAUGAAAAGACUAAAAUCGAGAAGAACACUGCGAAUCACCUUUAGGAGUCAAGCAUAUCACAACAUACUUAGAAUAAAAAGACUGCUAAUGAUGUUACUCCAGUAACUAAUCCUCAACAAACAAUAGUAAGUAUGGCUGGAAUUAUAAACAGCUAGGUUUUUUAACCUAAUAGUUAAAGAUCCAGUGAUUAAUCAACUAGAAGAUAACUUAUUAAGAAUGAGACCCCUUUUGAAUAAUUAGGAAAUAAUAUGAAAAAACCUAAUUUUAACAAUGAAGAUUAUAUUGCUGUUGGUACAAGCUAAGAUUUAUCUAACAUUUCAGAGGAGAGAAAAAAUAAGAGAAAAUCUAAAUAAAAAAGAAAACCUCCUAAGGAAAUUUGA